CGAUUCCCCCACUAGAGGCCUCAUUGCCCACCGGCCGAAUCCCCGUUGCCUCCGCUCCUCCUCACCGCCACCGGCGACGUCGGCGAGCGUACGGAUCCCGUGGCAUCUGUCCGCUGCUCUGAGGGCGACAAGCACCGUCAUCUGCGGUGGUCACCUACCAUCCCCAUCCGGGUUCUCGCAGUGGCUUAAAUAGGUGAACUCGAUACGAGGCUAUUGGAAGUUUUAGAGUUUAGCCUUGUUAUGGCACAUCAAAAGCGUGAAGCCAACUCCACUGAUGAAUAUUGGACAUCAAAGCGCCUGAAAGGUGCUGCCACUUCUAUUGAAAAGGACUAUAAUGUUGAGGCUGCUGCUUCUCAAGAAACAAAUGCUGAAAAAAGAGAAACGUCUCAAAAGGAAAGCACGAUGCCAGUGGACCCGUGUAUGUUGGAUGAGAAAGCCACAAUGAUCUCAAAAGUUUCAAGUCAGCAAGAUAUGAUAGUAACUUGUGUUGAAGCCGAUGCUGCAGAAGACAAGGGUUGCAGGCAUACGAUGGAAGAUACCUGGGUGGUGCUUCCUGAUGCUAGCAUGGAAUCUCCAGGAAAUCUGAGAUGUGCACAUUUUGCGAUAUACGAUGGGCAUGGUGGCCGCUUGGCUGCGGAGUAUGCACAGACACAUUUACAUCAGAACGUUAUCGCUGCAGGAUUACCACGUGAGUUGAUGGAUGUUAAAGUGGCAAAGAAGGCCAUUAUUGAAGGUUUUCGUAAAACUGAUGAAUCACUACUGCAAGAAAGUACUAGAGGAAACUGGCAAGAUGGUGCAACAGCUGUAUGUGUUUGGGUUUUGGGACAAACGGUUGUAGUUGCAAAUGCUGGUGAUGCUAAAGCAGUAUUAGCUCGUUCUACUUCAACUGAUGGUGAAGGAUCACUGGUCGACACGAAAAGUCUAAUGAAGGCUAUUGUUUUGACAAGAGAACAUAAAGCCAUUUUUCCACAAGAACGCUCACGGAUCCAGAAGGCUGGAGGUUCUGUUGGUCCUAAUGGAAGACUGCAAGGACGCAUUGAAGUGUCUAGAGCUUUUGGAGAUCGUCAUUUUAAGAAGGUUGGAUUAAUUGCAACACCAGAUGUCCAUUCUUUUGAAGUUACCAAGAAAGAUAAUUUCAUCAUUCUUGGGUGCGAUGGCUUAUGGGGAGUAUUUGGACCAAGUGAUGCUGUUGAAUUCGUCCAGAAGCAAUUGAAGGAGACGUCUUCAGCCACGCUCGCAGUGCGUCGCCUAGUGAAGGAGGCUGUUCGCGAGAGGCGAUGCAAGGAUAACUGCACUGCUGUUCUGAUUGUCUUCAAGCACUAGAAUUUUCUGGCGAGCCCUUUUCACAGAACUCUACUGGGAAGAGAAAUUAGCUGGCAAUGCAAAGAAGAACCUUAAUUGAAGCGUGCGUGUUGAUGAGACCAUUAUUAGUGCACUAUCAGAUUUCAUUUUGGUUUUUGUUGCUUUUCGAGCCAUGAUUCUUGUAGCAAGUCUCUUUAAACUGUUCCAAAGAAAAUUAUUUAAUCAGUCCCAUCUAAUUUAGUAUUUUUACACCGGCCGUGUAUACUGCA